GGUGCAUUGUGGGAUAGUGGGACAGCGGCAGACAGCGGUUGGAGUCUGUGAGUGUUGUGGUCAUUUUCUGGGCCGUCCGUGGACAGCCGCGCCUCCAUGCAGCCGGACGGGAGCCGCGGAGGACAAUGGCAAACCCCUGUGCGGAUUUUACGCAGUGAAACGUCCCGCACGAGCUCUGCGCCAAAGGUGAUCGGCUCUAGACUCCGCCCGCCCCGCUGCCUCCCACCUGCUAUGCCUUACAUCAUCGCCGGCCAAUGACGUUCCCCCGGGGAUCAAUGUUUACCGAUUUCUGCCAAAACAUAGCCUCAUAGCCGCUCCUCUUUUUUGUAUCUCGCCAAAAAAAAAAACGGUCCUGCCACGGCGUCUUUUUGUACCGUCCCGUCUUCUUCUUAUCAUGAGAUUCCGGAUUUACAAACGGAAGGUGGUGAUCGUGUCCCUGGUGGUCAUCAUUUGCGGACUCGCCUUCUGGAGCAGCGGCCGACAGAAGAAAACUGACGUUGCCUUGUUUUCUAAAGAGGUGGAGGUAGUUCGAAGGAGCAGCGUUAUUGGUAGUAGUAGUAUUAGUAGUAGUAGUAGUAGCAGUAGUAGUAGCAUUAAAAACAAUAACGUACCAGCGCAAGCUACGCAAGCUGCCAGCAAACCCGCCGCCGCCGCCGCUGCGCUUCCUGUAGUCCAAAAUGAAACCCACUCGGAGAAAGAUAAAGAAGAGAAGUUACCCAAAGUCGACAAGUUCCUCAAGCCCGAUUUGGAUAAUACGACUUUAGUAUAUCGAGGUAUCGUUUUCCAGCUGAACUUUGACCAGAUUAUAAGAAACGAGGAGAAAUUUAAGGCGGCGCGGCAAAAGGAUGAUCUCGUAGUGGUGGUGCAAGUCCACAACCGCCCGGACUACCUUAAAUUGUUAGUGGACAGUUUACGCAAAGCCCGAGGAGUUGAAAGUUUACUGCUCAUCUUCAGUCACGACUUCUGGUCCCCGGAGAUCAACAAAGUGGUUUCGACGGUGGAUUUUUGCCAAGUUUUGCAGGUUUUUUUCCCGUUUAGCAUCCAGCUGUACCCGCACGAGUUCCCCGGGCACGAUCCGAGGGACUGUCCGCGCGAUAUACCCAAGAAAGACGCCUUAAAACUGGGAUGCAUCAACGCGGAAUACCCGGACUCUUUCGGGCACUACCGCGAGGCGAAGUUCUCCCAGACGAAGCAUCACUGGUGGUGGAAACUGCAUUUUGUUUGGGACAGAAUCCACGCGCUGAAAGAUCACAGAGGUUUGGUUCUUCUCGUCGAGGAGGAUCAUUAUCUUUCUGCCGAUUUUAUCCAUUUGUUGAAGCUCAUGUCGGGGUUAAAGAGGGAACAGUGUCCGGAUUGCGAUAUUCUGUCGUUGGGAAGCUACAGCCACAUCGGAUACUCGAGUAAAGCGAACAAAGUGGAAGUGAAACCGUGGAAGUCUACGGAACAUAACAUGGGAAUGGCUUUGAGCAGGGAGACUUACGAAAAACUCAUCAAAUGCACAGAUACCUUUUGCACGUACGACGACUACAACUGGGACUGGAGUUUGCAGCACUUAACCGUGUCUUGUCUACCGUCUUAUUGGAAAGUAAUGGUUAGCGAAGCUCCGAGAAUUUUCCACGCCGGAGACUGCGGAAUGCACCAUAAGAAAACAGCGUGCAUGCCGAUCAGCCAGAAAACCAAGAUCGAAAACAUCCUCCAAAGCAGCGGGAAUCAGCUGUUUCCCAAAAACCUCCUGCUCACGAAAAGGCUUCCUGGAAACGGCGCGGGGGGCGUGGCUCCGCAUGUGAAAAACGGCGGCUGGGGAGACAUCAGGGAUCAUGAACUGUGUAAAAGUUACGUUCGGUUACAAUGACCUUAUACUUGCUACGAUACGACACUGCAAAAGCUGAUUCUGAGUUUGAACGACAGGAGUUACAGGGGCGUCGGGCUGAGGGGGGCAGGAGGUGCUGUUUACCCAGGGGGCCAGUGCAGGGAGGGGGGCCCCUUUACGAAGUCGGUAAUGUGCGUUUUACAUUAGACAGCAUGCUGUUUGGGCCCUCAUGAUGAUUUGUACCCAGGGAACAAAAUUUAGCACUUCACCCCUGGGAUUUAAGUUUGGGAUUUGAGUUUUUUGCUGCGUUUGAAAAGAUUUAAUUUUGGUAUUUGAAGCGGAAAUAAUCUGUCUAUGAUUUCUGAUAUUUUUUGGUUCUUGGUCAAUAUUUUUUUGUUUUUUUAGUUCAACGAUUUCAACUAUCUAACAGUGAUUUUUAUGAUUACACUUUGUUUUAAUAAAUAAGAUUCUGUCCAAAGUUCAUUGACGAAACGAAUGAAAAUUAAACUGACAAACUAACACAAUAAAUACAUUUCAGAACAUGUUUGUACAGAUAUAAACGACAGGGUUAGACAUUUAUACGCAGAAUAAGACGAGAUUAUGAGACGUAAAAACUGCCACGUGUACGAUUCACUAAUUCUAAUUUCGAUUGGACUGCGAUUAAUCUUGCAGCCGUAUUAUUAAGCAUUUUAUUUUGAAAUUUAACCCUGGAGUAGUGGAAUAUUUAACACAAGACUGACACAUAAACUAGCAUCAUACUAACGUAAAAUAUUACACAACACGCCCUGGAAACACGACGUUGGAGUUAGCAUAAAACGUGACAUAACUUAAGUGAUGAUUUUCGCAGCUCAGAUUGGCAGAUUUAUUUUAAAAUUGUGGGGAAAAUACAUCUUGACACAGAGAACAAACCUCUUAACUGGUCUAAAAUGCAGAAAAGCGGCGUUACCUUCAACAACCUCGCUCCUGAUUGGCUCUUCGGUUGCUAAGAUACUCGUGGUCGGAGUUUCAAAUACAGAACUAAGCUCCAAAUCCGUUUGAACUUUUAUUUAUACAAAGUUGUUCUGUCGUUACUUGAGACAUAAUUAACAGCUCCAUAACUUAUUUGUAUCAGUUUUGUCUUGUUUUAGUUUCGUUUUGAGUAAAUAAAUGCCGUUUUCAGGUGUCUGCUGAUAUCAGGAGUCAGCAGAUACUUGCGUCCCUCGUCUAAACUCCUUAAAACACGAUGGAUUGUGUUGAUUCUGUCGUUAAAACUCGAUCUGUUUUUGCAGUGUGUUACUCUUUUGCAUCCCUUAUUAUGAAAAGCCUUUUAAAGUUUAUGAAUCCUCUUAUAUUGCCUGUUUUAUCGGACUGUUGAAAUAAAUCUGAAUGUUGACUUUUUGGCAUCUUUAACACAAACGUCUUUGCACUGAACCAAGUGAAUCCUGGAGCGUCUGCCAUGUUUUGUAAAAUGUAAUUAACAAUAAUAUACUAAACCAAA